GAGGCGGCAGCUCGGAACCGAGCCCGCGCUUGAAAAGGGAAAAUGUGCACUACGAACUCGAUUUUCCUCCCCAGCCUUCUGAAAAUGCACGGGGGGAGAGGCGUGUGUGUGCGUGUCAACUUCCACGCUCUGGCUGCGGAUGGGGACGGCCUCACCUCCUAGUCUGGCAGGGGCCGAUCAGCUAGGCUCCGGGGCCAGAGGCAGCCACCGAGGGACCCGGAUGCCCCGCCUCCCGCACUCUUGACAGCAGGAAACUAGGGCAGAGCGCGUGCGCGGAUGGCGGUCUCGCGCAAGCGCACUCACCACGUCCUCCUCGCCCCUCCUGCCGCUGGUUUCCAAUUGAUUCUGCAACAAGGAAACUCAGGUGGGAGCGGAGGCCCAGAAGUUCUGCGCAGAUACUAUUGCCAUAGGAAGUUGAACAUGGCAGAAGAAGAGGACUAUAUGUCUGACUCCUUCAUUAAUGUCCAAGAAGAUAUCAGACCAGGAUUGCCAAUGCUGAGGCAAAUCCGAGAAGCCCGUCGAAAAGAAGAAAAGCAACAGGAAGCUAAUUUGAAAAAUAGGCAGAAGAGUUUAAAAGAAGAAGAACAAGAAAGACGUGAUAUUGGGUUGAAGAAUGCACUAGGCAGUGAAAACAAAGGGUUUGCUUUGCUCCAAAAGAUGGGAUAUAAAAGUGGUCAGGCCCUUGGCAAGAGUGGAGAUGGUAUUGUUGAACCAAUUCCUCUCAAUGUCAAAGCAGGGAAAAGUGGCCUCGGGCAUGAGGCAUUAUUAAAACGGAAAGCAGAGGAGAAAUUAGAAAGCUACAGAAGAAAGAUUCACAUGAAAAACCAAGCUGAAGCAAAAGCCGCAGAACAGUUUAGAAUGCGACUUAAAAAUAAGCAAGAUGAAGUGAAGCUAGAAGGAGAUCUUAGAAGAAGCCAGCGAGCCUGUCAACAGUUGGAUACUCAGAAGAAUAUUCAAGUUCCCAGGGAGGUAUGGUACUGGUUGAGGCUUGAAGAGGAGACUGAAGAAGAGGAAGAGGAAGAAAAAGAACAAGAUGAAGAUGAAUAUACGAGUGAAGAUUUAAGUGUACUGGAAAAAUUACAGAUAUUGACAAAUUAUUUAAGAGAAGAACAUCUGUAUUGUAUUUGGUGUGGAACAGCCUAUGAAGAUAAAGAAGACCUGUCUUCAAAUUGCCCAGGACCAACUUCUGCAGAUCACGACUAAGAUUAUUCUCAAUAAAGUAGAAACUUGGAAAAUGUUAUUGUUUCCUAAAGAUAGACAAUUGAGCAGUUGGAAUUCUCAAGUUUUUGAUGUCAGUAAAGAAAGAGG